AUGCAGAACCCCAGCGGUCAAGUGCCUUCUUCGCUAAACAUUCCAGCAGUGCGAUUCGAUCCAAAUAAAGAAUUCCAGAAGCGGAGUUUGACACAUGAACGCGAUAGUGCCUUUGCUAGAUUUCAACGUAAAUCCUGGGUGCGUUCCAGCGGCGAAAGGCGAUCUAAUCGGGAAGCGCUUACUACUUUAUUAUUAUCUCAUGGGGAUAACUCUAGCGAAUACAUCGAGAAGUUACUGGCUGAAGAAAUAUCGUAUCGCGAUUUGGCUUCUCUUUCAAAUACGGACUUGGAAUUAAUGGGUCUCAAGAACGCCAAAGAACGUGAGGAAUUAUUGAAUUUUUUCGCAGAGCUACCAAAUCAAGAUCCGGCAUAUGAAAUCAUUUGUGAACUGCCCGAAGCAGAAAUGUAUAAUAACGAAAUUUUGGUCAAUGCCACUGAGCAUUUGGAAAACAUGAGGUCCGCUUUGUGUGCGGCUAAUUAUAAAUUGAAGAUUAUGCCUCCUGAGGACAUUGUUGUGGGAGAGAAAAGUUUUGCCAGUCGUUUCGUAUUAGAAGCACUAACGGAGUUGAAUACAAUCACUUACGAAAUCGAUAAAGAAAUUGAAGAUUUAACUAAGCUCACUGUGGAUGAACAGCUGUCCCGAAAGGCAAACAAAAACACUAAGAAACCAUUAUACGCUUCUGUCGGUCUUUGGACGUUGAUAUGCACAAUGGCAGCUUUUGGUGCUGUGGCUACAGUUUACCUUCCGAAAAUAAUUAAACACUAGAAUACUAAACCGAGUAUUUGAAUAAUAAAGAUCUCUCUGUUAUUUAUUA